ACUUUUGGUUUUCUACUCGAUAGGACUGAAUUCAGUAAGAGCUCAUAAUUUUAUGAAACUCGGAACGGAAAGUACAGCAUAAGCUGGAGUCUCUCAAAAAUGGGGGAUCCUGAAACGGAGACGUUGGACUUUACAAGUUACUUGGCAGAGUCGCAGCGUCUAAUCGACUGGGCACCUGGUUAUACCGGACCCGAGAUGAUAUACUUAUGCUUGACCCAUGAGAGCUGCGAUCUGGACUCGGUGGUUAGCACAUUGGCCAUAGCCUAUCUGCGGUAUUGCAACAAGGGAUGCCUGCCACAUUUUUAUGUGCCGGUAUUGGACAUGCAACGCUCCGAUUUUCCGGUAAAGACAGAGGUCUGCUUUCUGCUCGCCAAACAGGGCAUUCGUGCGGAAACCCAUCUGACAUUUCGCGACGAUCUGGCCGAGGAGUUGCUACUCAAGAGUCGCUUCAUAUUGAUCAAUCAUCAUGUGAGCCCGUUUCACUAUUGCGCCGAAGAGGUAUACGACUACAGGAGCUUCCAGAGCGAGGCAGCUAGGUUACCCACCUACUGUCAGCGCGUUAUGUACCCUGUGAGGUCCUGCGCGGCAUUGGCAGCCGCACGGUAUGCCAAUUCGAUGUCCAAUUACGCGUCCGUGCGUUGCGUACAGGUCUUUGAAUUGCUGCAUGCCGCCUUGCUGUUGACAAACAGAAACUUCAAGACCAUUCCGGUGGCGAAGCUUCGUUUCUUCCAGGACUAUCGUAUGAUGCACUUCCUCGAGCGCUAUUUGGGCAAACUGAGGGACGAUCAGCGUACCAUUCUGUACAAUACUCUGGUGCGUUCCAUAUUCGAUCUAAGCCACUUGUCGCUGCCCCAGAUCCUGAGGCGGGAAUUCAAAAUCGUGAAGGCCUCCCGAUACAUCAAAGACGACAUCCGGACCAUGCGAAUGCUGCAGUGCUGCUUCCCGAUGGCCCUCACCCGAUUUAUUGCCUUCGAAAACGCUGAAAUGGCCAUCCGGGAGUUUGCCGGACACUUCGGUUGCAGUUUCGUCCUAAUGCUGGGCACUAGCAUUCGUCCUGGCGGAUCGCUGGUCGUCAAGGAGCUGGCCGUGAUACCCGUGGAUGGUCUCAUCGAGUUGGAGCAUCGUCGUUUCUUCGACCAUUUGAUCAUCAAUCUGUGCGCCGCCAACAAGCCGCAACUGGACCUGGAGCCCUAUCGCAAUCUGGACUUUAUGCAGGGCGGUUACUUCUUUGUGAACGCCUGGAAUAUCUACUAUUAUACCGUUCUCGAUCUGCUGCAGCGCAUCUGUUACGAUUUCAUAACCGAUGGCGGUGCUGAUAUCAAGGAGGAGCUCGAGGCGGAGCAGCGCAGCGCCGAGGAGAAGAAAAAGGGCAAGCGGAAGCCAAAACUGAAAAUUAAGUUUGUGGUAUCGAAGUAGCUUUUAUUUAAGGCACUAUAUAUUUUUAAUAAAAAAAUCAAAAGGA